GUUAGUUAUUGAAAUAUAACAAUUCUUACGCUACGCGCCAAGUUCUGUGCUUUCAGUCAACCAGUUAGUGUUGAAGUGAACGCGGGAAAAAUUCACUGCAUGUGUUCUUGUGUGAUAUAGUUUAUAGGCUUAUGAUUUUUUUUCUGCAAAGCAGGUAAACCGAUAAGACAUGUCGCCCCCGAACGGUGCUCCUCCAGGAACCGCCGAAACCGAGUACCUCAAAGUGCCCACCGAACCCAAACCGACCCCCGAAGAGCAACAACCCUUGAACGACCUCGUCCCCGAGGACGAUGCAGAAGUGGUCGUGCCCCCCGACGGGGGCUGGGGCUGGGUCGUGGUUUUCGCCUCUUUCAUGUGCAAUAUGAUCGUCGAUGGGAUCAUUUUCUCGUUUGGGGCUUUCAUCGAGCCCAUCAAAGACGAAUUUCACGUCACGAAAGCAUAUGUGGCGCUUGUGGGGUCUCUCAUGUCCGGGUUUUAUCUUAUCGCUGGGCCCUUUGCCAGCGCUGUCGCCAACAGAUAUGGGUUUAGACUGGUGGCCAUCAUGGGGAGCGUCUUGGGGGCGGCGGCCUUCGCCUUGGCCAACUUCGCCCCCAACGUGGAGUAUCUCUGCGUCAUGUUUGGCGUUAUAGGAGGGAUUGGUUUCGGGUUUAUCUACGUGCCGUCGAUCAUCACCGUUGGGUUUUAUUUCGAGAAAUGGCGGGCCUUGGCGACCGGAAUCGGGGUUUGCGGUUCCGGUAUCGGAACCUUUAUGUUUGCCCCCAUAACAGCAUACCUGAUCGAGAACCUUGGUUGGAGAACUGCGAUUUUGUGCCAAGGCACUAUUGUGUUCGCUUGUGGCAGUUUUGGGUUCCUCUACAGGCCGUUAAAACCGACAAAAGUCCAUGAUAUUAAGGGUGAGGGAGAGACUGAACUUAAAAUGGAUCCGAGCAAACUGCCCCCCAUUACUAAGAUGAAGAUGGAGCUGGCUCUCGAAGCCAUGAAAAGUAAUGAGUCUUGUCACAACAGCCAAGCCUCAAUCAACCGCAUGCUGGGGGUUAACAACAACGCGAACUACCCCCGAGUCUCGGACGUGUACCAUACGAUUAGCAUUCCGCAGCAAAGGGCCCUGGACGGGUCCAGUUACGAGAAACGGUUGAGCGUGCCGUUUAUUUCCGAAGCCGAUCGGAUGAAAAACACAGGAGCGAAGGAAUGCUUGCUCCAGAAGAGUGCGAACCCGAUUAUAGUUCCUAAAGGUUCAAGACGGGGUUCUGCGGUUGACCCCGAGGUUAAUCGACCAAUGUACCGAGACGAUAUCUUCUUCAACGCUUCCUUAACACGUUUACCUCAAUACACCUCUCGGACAUCAAUCGCCUACAACUUAUCAGUCACGCGGUUACCGACGAAAAACGACAUCGAGGAAGAGAAGAAAAGUUCUUGCAAAAUGUGCCCAGAAGCCGUCAAACGAACUCUCGCCACAAUGCUGGACUACAGUCUACUUUGCUCCCCAACCUUCCUCUUGCUAGCCCUUGGCGGCUUCUUCACCAUGAUGGGUUUCUACGUCCCGUUCAUGUUCCUCGUAAGCCGGGCCGAGAACGCGAACCUGGCAAAAGAGUACACGAGGUUUCUCAUCUCAGCUAUUGGCAUUUCCAACACAAUCGGGCGUGUUUUGUGCGGCGUCCUUAGCUCUUUCCCCGGUGUUAACGCUCUGUUUGUGACAAACGCUGCGCUGACGAUCGGCGGAAUCGCAACAAUAUUCAGCGGUUUUUCCAUGACUGCUGAAUACCAAUUCUUCUACACCGCGGUGUUUGGUUUAGCUAUUUCAACCUUUGCGUCGCUGAGGUCAAUCGUUGUGGUGGAUCUUCUGGGGCUGGAGAAGUUAACGAAUGCGUUUGGGUUGCUUUUGCUGUUUCAAGGAGUGGCGGCGAUUUUCGGUGCCCCCAUUGCUGGGGCGUUUACCGAAGCCACUGGGAGCUACGAUGCUGGGUUUUAUCUGUCGGGGAGUUUGAUCCUUGCGUCGGCGGUUAUGUGCUAUCCUUUGAAUUAUAUCAAUAGGCGCGAGAUGCAAAAGAAAAAAGAGAUGGUGGAAAAUAAAUCAGUUCCAGUUUAAUGAUUAUUUAUUUUAUAAAUAAUCGUUUUGAAUAAUUCAUGAUUUUCCACGUUCCUAUUUAAAUGGGUGCUACGUCAUAGCAACUAUGUAUUGAGUUGUUUGUCAGGGGAUUCUUAAUACUCGAAUUUGUGCGCUUGGUAGUUCUCGCGUACUUUAACUAUAAUGACAGGGUUUCUAUACGACGAUUUUUCAAGACUGAUGUAGUUUUAAGACCUGUACAUAUUGUAUUUAAAACUGUAAUUUAACAUAAUGGAAAAUUAUGGAAUUUACCUAAUUAGUUUAGAUUUUAUAAUUGCUGAACGAUUAUUUAUGACAGCUGUUCUUGUUGGACAUUCCAAUGUUUCAUUACCAUUAGGAGGAAUUUUCCUAUAUUGUACGUAAAUUAUUAUACUCUAGCUAUAGACCAAAUUGUUAAUUUGAUACAAACGGAACUUUAAUUGAUUUGUCAAAGUAAAAUAAAAUUUGUUGUUUUGAGAA